AAUGAGACAAGAGGAGAGGAUUAAUACAACAGGGAGGGGCUAACUACUUGAUGGGUGUGGCUUAUGAUGGCCGGACAAGAGGAAGUAAAACGCUUACUGUGGAAGGGAGGGGUUAGAGUUGGCUGAGAUGGUGAGGGUCGGCUUAUUGAGGAAGAGUGGUACCUGUGUUGUUAGCCAACCUGAAUUUAUUUUUAAAUUCACUUGCACUGCCUUUUGUGUGGUCUUAAUCUUCUCACAUUCAGCUUCAGUGGAUGACCGAAGUGAUUGUGCCAGUGAGUGGUCUACCACUUAGAAGAGGGCAGAGGAGUGAGCCUCUGAAACUGAAUCUAUCUUAAAUGCAUGGAGGAGAGGGUAACCAAAUCUGGAGAUUCAACCCCAUGGCCAAGUCAUAGAGACCAAGGAAUCAGAGCUCAAGAGACGGGCUCCAAGAUGACCAGCUCUUGCUCUUCUUGUGCCCCAUGUGUCCCAAUAUUGUGAUCCUUUGAGAGCAGGACAAAAGGAGGACCAGUUCUUUCCACUUCGAUGCCCUUGGUCCUGAAGUAUGACUGCAGGGCACUGAGAAACUGCAGAAGAACCAGAUGAAGCUUAAAAUCUGUUAGUUUUUCCAGAUUGGAACCUAAUUUUUUUUGGAGGGGGCUUGUUCCCUUUGCGAUCUCUCACCAAGUUUCUAUAUUUCUUCCUUCAAUUCUGUCUAGUGACUGCUGGUGACUGUAGUAGUAUCAGACAAAUGAUCAGGGAACAUUAUGCCUUAUACGAAAUCAUACCAUUGGCCCAUCUAUUCUACUGUUGUCUACUCUGACUGGCAACAGCUCUCCAGGAUUUCAGAUAGGACAUUCGUAGCCCUACCUGGAGAGGCCAGGGAUUGAAGCUGGGACCUUCUGCAUACAAAGCAGAUGCUCUACCAAUGAGCCACGGCCUUUCCCCAUGAGAAUUACAUUCACACAUCUAACUCACUCUAUGUUUAUCUUGCCAUGUGAGACCAAGACUUCAGCUAGGGCUCAACAAGGUUGGAUGAGAUCGGAGGAAGGAAAGUAGACUUCAGGCUUGCAGGAUCAACUUUGUUUUUUAUUAGAACCUUGAGGUCCACUAAUCAAAGCCAAGUGCAAGAUAGCAGCUCAGAAUUGUGCUAAGAAGGAACCAAGUACCUCUGAGGAAAUGCUGAACCCAGGGAUUUGUGAUCAUUUCCAGAACUAAAUCUUUUCCUAUAAAAAUCCACUUCAGGUUUCCCGUAUCUUCACCCCAGCAUUCGUUUUCAGCAACUUGAUUUAGGGAUGAAGGAGGAAGCUUUUUAGUUAGACAAUUGGGAGUUACAAAAACUUGCUGAUCUUCUCUAUGAAUCAGAGAACUGCCAGCGGAUCCCAAUAUAUCUUUCCUGGACUAGAUGGCGUCUUGGGGCAUCUCAUUUAUUCCUCAAAGAAAGCCAUCUUUUUUUUGUUGUUGGCUAAACAUUGCAUCGAUUGAUUUGUUUAUUUCGGUACAAGACCAGCAAAAAACAUUGCAUCACAUCCUCAGAGCCAACCAGAAAAGUAUUAAGCAAGGCCCAGAGGAAGUGGAAUCUUGACAGACAGACAAGAUGCCUGCUCAGAAAGCUCUUGACUUUUAACUAGAGUAUCUCUUGAGAUAUCAUAGGAAGAGCAAAAGGGGGAAAGGGGAUAAAAUGGGAUGUGGGGAUAGGAGGAGAGCAACUGUCUUAUGACAGCCAAUUAGCUAAUGGAGCUUUGUGAUAAAAAUGGCCACCCUGAGUGUGUGUACAUACAUGCACCCAGGUGCACACACACAAGCAGUGUACCCCAAAGCCUGGAUCACUACAGAAGCAGCAGCCUAGUGUCCCAUCUACCGGUAAAGCAAUUUGCCCGACCGAACUUAUCAAAAACUUGGUAUGACAAGGAGUGUGUCACCUUAAAAAAACAGCUAAUUCAGAAAUACAAGGAAUAUAGAGGACAAGAUCCAGCUUUGCUUUCCGAAUGCCUCACAUUAAAAAGAAAUUACAAGCAACUGAUUAAACAAAAAAAAAAUUGCUCAGACCCAACUCUGGCACGCAUUGAUAGUUGCCUCUAAGUCAAAUGAUGUAUCUGCCUUUUGGAAGCUUGUGGCCGGGGGUUGGCCAACUACUCCAAAUGUAGUGGAUCAUCAUAUUCCGGUCCAUACAUGGGAAACCUAUUUCCAUAAUAUCUUUAAUUUAGGGCAAACCAAUUAAAUUAGGAUUCACCCUCCUAUAGAAAACCUCCCACCUUGGCCGCCUGUACCUGUAAAGGAGAUAAAAUCCCUUAUAGCUGGAUUAAAACCGCAUAAAGCACCCGGGCCGGAUAACAUUAUUCCCGAAGUUCUUAAAGCUAAUCCAGAAUGGUGGGCUCUGGUCCUGGCUGCUUUAUUUACUAGUAUAGAUCAAUCCCUAUGUAUCCCAGAAGAUUGGGGUUGUGCCAUCAUUAUUCUGAUCUUUAAAAAGGGCUCACGAAAGGAUCCCGGUAAUUAUAGGCCUAUUUCUCUUUUAAACAUUAUAAGCAAAUUAUAUGCAGGGCACUUAUUGUCCAGGCUACAAGAUUGGAUGGAACAGGAGUCUAUCCUAGAAGAGGAACAGGCUGGAUUUAGGGCAUCGCGCUCCUCCUUGGAUCAUAUUGUUGUACUUCAACAUCCAGUAGAUAAAUACAUGGUUAGGCCGGGUGGUGUUCUUUUUGCCGCCUUCAUCGACUUCAAGGUGGCUUUUGAUUCAAUCUCAAGAGAUAUCCUUUGGUCUAAGUUGGAGGAUCCACUAUUGAUAGACGUCUGCUUGCCCUGAUCCGUGGGUUGCACCAUAACACAUACGUUCAAAUUAGAUGCAACCGCGAGGGGAUCCUUACCAAAGCCAUCCCCACAUAUAAGGGAGUCAAACAGGGUUGUAUAUUGGCCCCAUCCCUAUUUAACCUAUAUAUCAACUCCUUGACUCAGAAGUUGAGACAAUGCCCUGCUCACCCUCCUACCUUAGCUAAUAAACCUAUAUCAGUAUUAUUAUACGCCAAUGACAUGGUCUUGCUUUCACUAUCGCCCGUUGGAUUGAAACGUCUGUUAAGAGUCCUUGCUUGCAACUGUAUAGAAGACCAGCUAGUGAUUAACCAUAGCAAAUCUAAGGUUAUAGUGUUUUCUAGAAAGAGAAGGAAAUAUCGUUGGCAAGUUAAUGGCACCUCCAUCAACCAAGUUCCAUCCUACCGAUACUUGGGAAUACUAUUUCAUAAGUCAGGUCUCUGGCGCUCGCAGGUGGAGAGUGCCAGAGCAAUUGCCUUAAGAUCAUCAAAAGCCCUUUUAUCCUUUUUUUGCUCAAAAGGUGGCCAUUAUGUACCGUCUGCGAUUAGGGUUUUCACGGCCAAGGUAAUCUCAAAAUUAUUGUAUGGUGCCCAAGUGAGUAACUACAAUUCACACUUACCCUUUGAGAUUAUUCAAACUAAAUUUCUUAGAAGUAUUUUAGCCGUCCCCCCUUGCAUUUCAAAUGCCAAACUGAGAUAUAUAACAGGUAUGCCCUCCAUAGAAUCGCAGAUCUGGAUUCUUAAAUUUCGCUACUGGAUGAAACUGAUUUUUGAGCCAGUUGGUCUUUCCCCCCUUAUAUUAAUUGACAACUUUCAAUCCAAAUGGAAAAAAUCCCUUUCCUUGCAGCUUACUUCUCUUGGCUUUUCUAUCCCUUAUGUUAUAUCAUUGGGGCGCUCAAAAGCGCUGUUAGCCAUCACCCAGAGGAUUCUGGAUGUGGAUUUCCAAAAUGUACUAUCCUGUCUCGGCCCUAGGUUCGCAAGCUCGCCAUCCCUAAAACCAUUCACUUCUGCUCAAUUUCUUUAUCACCUAUCUAUUCCUAGGUUAAGGAAGGCCUUUACGAUGGCCAAAUUUGACGUUUUGCCCUCAGCUCUACUAGAGGGAAGGUUUAAUAGAAUCCCUCAGACUGAAAGUUACUGUCCUUGCGACAGUGGUGCCAUUGAGACAGCAGGACACGUAUUACUGGAGUGCAGGUUUUAUACCAGCCUUCGCAGCCAUUUUAUUAUUCCUCUCUUCCAGAAAUUUCCAAGCAGAGAUAAAAAAUUUUUUGCACAAUAUCUAUUAGCGGAUAUUAAUUCCCCCAUAACUUGUAAAGUCAUGAAUUUUUUCGCAGCAGCCAUUGAUACACGUAGAGACCUGAUGAGUAAGGAACCUUUGACCUAAUCGAUCCAUUGCCUCAUAAAAUAAUUAACUUACCUGUACUAUUUUGUACUGUUUUUGAAUAUGUUUUAGUGUAUUUUUUGUACUGAAUUUCUCUGGCUGGUCAAUUGACCAUAAUAAAUCUAAUGAAUGAAUGAAGCAGCAGCCAGCAUCUUUGCUCCAGGCAUGGCCUGCUCUCCCUCCCCCUCCCCCAUCAUUUUAUGAACUGUAGGGAAUAAGAUGUACAAACCUUAGUUUGAGGUUGCGGAACUUGUGAUCCAUCAAGACGUUUGGUAGCUUCUAAGGUGGCCUAUGUGGGGUUGGACAAACCUGCCUUUUCUGCUUGCCUAAGGCUGCAAAAAAAAAAAAGUUGGGUGGGUAGGUGGGUGAGUUCGGUUGUCAAAUCCCUGGCAGGCCGCUAUUCCUCAGUGGCAAUGAUUAGGCUGCAUUCGGCUUGGUGAUUUAGAAAUCUGGGCUGGUCUUCUUUAACUGGGAGCUGGUUUAAUAAGCCUACAGGUUAAUCAGCUAGUGUUUUAGGGGGCAAAUUUUAACUGGUGAGGUUGUGAGUUAAGGACAUACACCUUUAUUUCUUGAGACUGAGUUUCCAGAAAGGUACCCAUGUUAAAUCUUUUGCAGCAAAACCAACAUAAAGUCUGGUGGCACCUUAAAACAGCGGUGGCAACCCCGCAACUGGCCCACCAGCCCUCUGCUUAAAGACUAAGGGUUGUUUGUUAGUCAUACUCAGAGUAAACCUAUUGAAAUUAAUGGACAUAUUAGUCAUAUUCACCAGUGAAAUAAAUGGGCAUGACUAACAAUUUCAGCGGGUGUACUCUAAGUAGGACUUAGCUUACUACCCUACCAGACUUGAGCUUUCGUGGAUCACAG